GUGGUGACAGAGCAAAGCCUGCUUGGGAUUCUCUCUCUCUUCUGUCUCUUUCUGCCCCUCCCCUGCUCACUCUCUCUCUCGCACUCUCUCUUUCUCUCUAAAUAAAUAAAUAAAUAAAUAAAUAAAUGAGAUUUUACUAAUUUGGUAUAUGCAAUAAUUAUAGAACUUUGUCCAUUAAGGGGUACAACGUGUGUCUAGUGAUACUUGAGACAUAAAAAAUAUUCAUCAUACCUGACACCAUGAUUGUAUUCUGCAAAAGAUUUUUUUUUAGAUAAUGUCUUAAAUCCUUAGGCAAAACCAUAAAUUUUAUUAUAAUUUUAUAUUUCAUUGUGUUCAAUGCUGUGGUCAAAAUUUAUGUUUAUAAGUGAUUUUGGUUGUGGGUCCCCUGGGUGGCUCAGUCAGUUGAGCGUCUGACUUCAGCUCAGAUUGUGAUCUCACAGUUGUGAGUUUGAGCCCCACAUUGGGCUCACUGCUACCAACCUGUCAACAUUAGCCUGCUUCAUAUCCUCUGCCCCUCCACCACUUGCGCUCUCUCAAAAAUAAAUAUUUUUCAAAAAUAAGUGAUUUUGGUGGAUAACAUUAUUUUUAAGUUUAUUUAUUUGAGAGAUGACAGAACACAAGCAAGGGGAGGGACAGAGAGAGAGGGAGAAUCCGAAGCAGGCUCCUCAUGGUACCAGAUCAUCAGUCAAUAAAGUUAAGUAAUCUAGGUGAGAACAAACACUAUGAGGUUGCAAAGAAAUGUGUUGAGGAUUUGGCACUCUACUUAAAACCACUAAGUGGAGGUAAAGGUGUAGCUAGUUUGAACCAGAGUGCACUGAGCCGUCCAAUGCAAAGGAAACUGGUGACACUCGUAAACUGUCAGCUGGUGGAGGAAGAAGGUCGUGUAAGAGCCAUGCGAGCAGCCCGUUCGCUUGGAGAAAGAACUGUAACAGAACUAAUAUUACAGCACCAGAAUCCCCAGCAACUGUCUGCCAACCUAUGGGCUGCUGUCAGGGCUCGAGGAUGCCAGUUUCUAGGGCCAGCUAUGCAAGAAGAGGCCUUGAAGCUGGUGUUGCUCGCAUUAGAAGAUGGUUCUGCUCUCUCAAGGAAAGUACUGGUACUUUUUGUUGUUCAAAGACUAGAACCAAGAUUUCCUCAGGCAUCUAAAACAAGUAUUGGUCAUGUUGUGCAACUACUGUAUCGAGCUUCAUGUUUUAAAGUUACCAAAAGGGACGAAGACUCUUCCUUGAUGCAGCUAAAGGAGGAAUUUCGGAGUUAUGAAGCAUUACGCAGAGAACAUGAUGCUCAAAUUGUUCAUAUUGCUAUGGAAGCAGGACUCCGCAUUUCACCUGAGCAGUGGUCCUCACUUCUGUAUGGUGACUUGGCACAUAAAUCACACAUGCAGUCUAUCAUUGAUAAGCUGCAGUCUCCAGAAUCAUUUGCAAAGAGUGUCCAGGAAUUGACAAUUGUUUUGCAACGAACAGGUGACCCAGCUAACUUAAAUAGACUGAGGCCUCAUUUAGAGCUUCUUGCAAACAUAGACCCUAAUCCAGAUGCUGUUUCACCAACUUGGGAGCAGCUAGAAAAUGCAAUGGUAGCUGUUAAAACAGUGGUUCAUGGCCUUGUGGACUUCAUACAAAAUUAUAGUAGAAAAGGCCAUGAGACACCUCAGCCUCAGCCAAACAGCAAAUACAAGACUAGCAUGUGCCGAGAUCUGCGUCAGCAAGGAGGGUGUCCCCGAGGAACAAAUUGUACUUUUGCCCAUUCUCAGGAAGAACUUGAAAAGUAUCGAUUAAGGAACAAAAAGAUCAAUGCAACUGUAAGAACAUUUCCUCUUCUAAAUAAAGUUGGUGUAAACAACACUGUCACAACCACAGCCGGAAAUGUCAUUUCUGUCAUAGGAAGUACUGAAACAACGGGGAAAAUUGUUCCAAGUACAAAUGGAAUUUCAAAUGCAGAAAACAGUGUUUCCCAGCUAAUCCCACGUAGUACUGACAGUACUUUAAGAGCUCUGGAGACUGUGAAGAAAGUGGGGAAGGUUGGCACUAAUGGUCAGAACGCAACUGGGCCUUCUGCAGAGUCUGUAACUGAAAAUAAAAUUGGCUCUCCACCCAAGACUCCUGUAAGUAAUGUAGCGGCUACCUCAGCUGGGCCUUCUAAUGUUGGAACAGAGCUGAAUUCUGUGCCUCCAAAAUCCAGCGCAUUUAUAACUAGAGUACCAGUAUAUCCUCAGCAUUCUGAAAACAUUCAGUAUUUUCAAGAUCCAAGGACUCCGAUACCCUUCGAAGUCCCACAGUACCCCCAGACAGGAUACUACCCACCACCUCCAACGGUACCAGCUGGUGUGGCUCCCUGUGUUCCUCGCUUUGUGAGAUCCAAUAAUGUUCCAGAGUCCUCCCUCCCACCUGCUUCUAUGCCAUAUGCCGAUCAUUACAGUACAUUUUCCCCUCGAGAUCGAAUGAAUUCUUCUCCUUACCAACCUCCUCCUCCGCAGCCGUAUGGACCAGUUCCGCCAGUACCUUCUGGAAUGUAUGCUCCUGUGUACGACAGCAGGCGCAUCUGGCGCCCACCUAUGUACCAACGAGAUGACAUUAUUAGAAGUAAUUCUUUACCUCCAAUGGAUGUGAUGCACUCGUCUGUUUAUCAGACGUCUUUGCGGGAAAGAUAUAACUCAUUAGAUGGGUACUAUUCAGUGGCUUGCCAGCCACCAAGUGAGCCAAGGACAAGUGUGCCUUUACCAAGGGAACCUUGUGGUCAUUUGAAGACCAGUUGCGAGGAGCAGAUAAGAAGAAAGCCAGAGCAGUGGGCACAGUACCACACUCAGAAAGCACCUCUUGUCUCUUCAACUCUUCCUGUGGCAACACAGUCACCAACACCACCUUCUCCUCUAUUCAGUGUAGACUUUCGCACUGAUUUCUCUGAGAGUGUGAGUGGUACAAAAUUUGAAGAAGAUCAUCUUUCUCAUUAUUCUCCUUGGUCUUGUGGCACCAUAGGCUCCUGUAUAAAUGCCAUCGAUUCAGAGCCCAGAGAUGUAAUUGCUAAUUCAAAUGCUGUAUUAAUGGACCUGGACAGUGGAGAUGUUAAGAGAAGAGUGCAUUUAUUUGAAACUCAGAGAAGGACAAAAGAAGAAGACCCAAUAAUUCCAUUUAGUGAUGGACCUAUCAUCUCAAAAUGGGGUGCAAUUUCCAGAUCUUCACGUACAGGUUACCAUACCACGGAUCCUGUCCAGGCCACUGCUUCCCAAGGAAGUGCCACUAAGCCUAUCAGUGUAUCAGAUUAUGUUCCUUAUGUCAAUGCUGUUGAUUCAAGGUGGAGUUCGUAUGGUAACGAGGCCACGUCAUCAGCACACUAUAUUGAACGGGACAGAUUCAUUGUUACUGAUUUAUCUGGUCAUCGAAAGCAUUCCAGUACUGGAGACCUUUUGAGCAUUGAACUUCAGCAGGCCAAGAGUAACUCAUUGCUUCUUCAGAGGGAGGCCAAUGCACUGGCCAUGCAGCAGAAGUGGAAUUCCCUGGAUGAAGGCCGCCACCUUACCUUAAAUCUUCUAAGCAAGGAAAUUGAACUGAGAAAUGGAGAGAGUGAUUAUACAGAAGAUGCAAGCGAUACUAAGCCUGAUAGGGAUAUUGAGUUAGAGCUUUCGGCACUUGAUACUGAUGAACCUGAUGGACAAGGUGAACAAAUUGAAGAGAUCCUGGACAUACAGCUGGGUAUCAGUUCUCAAAAUGAUCAGUUGCUGAAUGGAACAGCAGUGGAAAAUGGGCAUCCAGUCCAACAGCACCAAAAGGAGCCACUGGAGCAGAAGAGACAGAGUUUAGGUGAAGACCAUGUGAUUCUGGAGGAGCAAAAAACAAUUCUGCCGGUAACUUCUUGCUUUAGCCAGCCACUCCCAGUGUCCAUUAGCAAUGCAAGUUGCCUCCCCAUCACCACAUCUGUCAGUGUUGGCAACCUCAUUCUGAAAACUCACGUUAUGUCUGAAGAUAAAAACGACUUUUUAAAACCUGUUGCAAAUGGGAAGAUGGUUAACAGCUGAAAGGAGGUUCAUCUUUCAAAUUUGUGACCAUACCAUGGAAGCAUUUACACUAGCUUUUUAUAUAUAUAAUAUAUAUUAUAUAAUGUAUAUUUUUUUUAAAAAAAGAUAUUACCGGGGGCAUCCAUUUCCUGUGGACUCUUUGAUACUUCAAGCCCUCUUGCAUUAGCAUUAUGAAAAAAAAAGAAAAUUUACUUUACUAGGGUAACACGUUCACUUUCCAGAGGUGAUUGGAAUUUGGACAUUUAACUUAAGCUUCAAGCAGCUUUUUAUGAGUUUGUAGCAAUCCGGUGCAGUAACUGAGCCAUUUCCUAUUUUAAAUGGCUUCUAUAGAAAAUUAACAACUCAGUUAUUAAACUAGCAGGAUCCUACAAUGAUACAUCUAGUGAAAGUAGACUUAAUUAACUUAUUUAUUUCUAUUUUAUGUUUUGCUGAGAGAAAUUUCCAUCUCAUUCCAGCUGCUUUAUUUAUCUUUUUCAUGGGACUUUGCAUGGAUUUUUUUUCUUUUUCUUUCUUUCUUUCCUUCUUUUUUUUUCUUUUUUUUUUCUUUUUUUACUUUGAAGAGUGGAGUUAGAUGUUCUUACCAUAGAAUUUUACAGGGUUAUAUACUAGCUUUCUUUACUGCAUUAUAUGUAGGAGUGUGGUGCAGUGCUUUUAUCUGUAGCAUUGAAAUUUUUUUUAAUUUUCCAUUUUUCAAGCCUAGUUUCUGCUUUGUUAAUAUUUAUACACAGGCUACUUGUUGAAGUAAGUAAUUAAAUAUAUAACCAAGUGCCUAAGUCUUUCAGCUGAUGUACUAGAUAUUAAAUUCUCCUAAGUUAUGCAGAAUCGUUUUUACAAUUUUGAUAAAUUAUGCACUAAUGUAAUGGCAGUUUUUUAAAACGCAGAUUUAAGCCUGUACAUUAUUGAAUCUGAUGACUUGGCAAAAGAAUCAGGUGCUUUCAGCUUUCUUGAGAAAACCCUGUAUGUAGCGUUUGCACUGACUAACAAGAUGGUAUUGCUGGGUUUUUUUUUAUUUAAACUGAUUAAUUUGGAUGUUCAUUGCAAUAUCUUGGUUAAGUAUUGUUUAUUGUUACUUCACGUUGCGUUUAAUUUUCCUUGUUCUCUGACCGUUAGGUUGAUAAGACUAUGAACCAUGUAAUAAUAGAACAUUGGCUAACCUUUAUUCGUACUUAAAAACAUGAGUAAUUUCUGCCCUGCUAAAUGUGACUGAAAAGUGUUUGGACCUGGCAUCUGGAAGCAUGCAGUAUGUUCAACCAGCCAUGCCCCAGAUUUGGGGGAGGUAUUUUUGAAACCUAAACUUCAGUCGACAUUUGGAAACAAAAACUGGGCAUUCCUUCCUGGUGAUCUCACCUAUAGUUUGUCUUCGUUUUUCCCCAGUUUCUUUAAGAUUAGUUUGACUUUUAUUAUUUUUUUUUUAAUUAACUUCUGUGAAGUUGUUUACUCUGAAAAUUGUACUGGAAUAUUUUAAGCCAAGCUGAUCUUUCACCAGGUGUACUGUAUGUAAGGGCUUUUCCUGCUAGCAAGAUGCUUAAACAGGAUCAUGUUAUUGGUCGUCUGAGCUAUUUAGUUGUUUUACAAAACCACAGCAUUGUAUCAGAUAAGAUUUUGAUAAAAAGUUUUGUGCACAUUUCCAGGGGCGGGAGGGUUGACAUUUCCCUGAAAUUUCUUGAUCAGAAUGAGUAAAUGCUGGUGUUUGAUACCUGUCUUAAUGAACAUGCUCAUAAGGUGACUGAUAAGUUGUAAAUAUACCUGAGAAACAAAGGGGUAGUUUUGAUAUUCUGGUGUCAGUAUGGAAGAUCUUACACAUUUAUUUAAUAUUCAAAUGUAUGAGGAUGUUUGUUUGUAGCAUAACAGCACAGUAGCCUUGACUUCGUUUCCUUUGGUUAGUACUGUACCCUUUUGCCAUGGCCAGUGCUCCCUAUCCCUACAAAGACAUUUUAUUUAUUUCACUCUGUAACCUGAAAUGAAUAGGAACAAGAGUUUUAAACCAUGUUACAUUAACUUAUUUCUGACAUUAUAAAUUAGCCUAGGAUAUUACAGGAACAUGAUUGUUAUAUAAUUUAUAUCAGAACCCUUCUAUAAAUAUGCGCUUAUUACAUUUAAAAUGCUUCCAAUGUACUUUAUUUGCUGUUUGUAUUUCCAAAAAGGAUAUGCAAACCAGUAUGUCUAUUUCAUGGAUAUUUAAAUAGUGAGAUCUUCCAUGUUGAAGGUAAUGUAUUUUUUUUUAAGAUUUUAAAAUUGCUAUUUUGUUACAAAAUAGAGACCUAUUAACAGUUUGAGAGCUCCUUAUGUGCCCUCAGGGAAAGAACCCUCUGUGCAACAGAACUACGCAAAACAUCUUCAGCACGUUCUGAGGGUGAAUAUAUACUACAUAAAUUGAUCUUGUGUAUUUAACCUUAUCUUUUUAAUUUUAAAAUUGAAAUUUUGAAACUUGGUUGUGCUCUGCUGGAGGGGUUUGGGAUAAACUGCUUAGGUGUUUGCCUACUUGUCCAGUGAAAUUACAUUUGCAUCAGUGUAUGUAUAUACCUGCCAACCUUAUUGGUAUGUCUCAGAACAUUUAUAUUAAAAUAAUGCUUGUCUUGCAGCAGGUGAUCCCAUAAAACAAUAACUCCCUGUUCUUAAAAACUUACUCUCGUUCUCACUAACAACAUAGGAAUUGUUUCUUUGUUGGGAUUAUUCUGUAUUGCAUCCUUUAUAUAGUGGCCAUCUUCUGUUUCUCAUGGUGGGUUUAAUGUGAGGGAAAGAUGUUGGUUCUCUGCCACUUUAGAAGAAAGAGCAGUCUUUCUGAUCCUUCUUCAAAAAGUUACUCCCUGAUGUCAAGAGGAAAAAAAUUAUAAAUCAGACCUAGGAUGUGACUUUUUAAAAUUGGGUGCAUUCCCUGUCAUUUGACCCUUUUACCAACAUGUGAUGUACAUGCGUUUGAAAUCAGUAUAUAAGGCAAUAGGAGAGGAAAUGUGUGAUGUUGGUAAUUUAACUACGUGUGGUGCCUGUGGUUCAAUUAGGAAAAAAUAGUCUGAGGUCUGGAAAGUAGGAAAAUGGUGGGUUGUGUGUUUGGUUUACUUCUUACAUUUUUGUUUUUCCAUUUCUGAGUCCCAUUCUGAAGUCCAUGUGCCUCAUUCAGAUUCUGUGAAUCUAAAUUCAGUAGUUCUCUUUUGUAGUAUCGUUUCAUUUUAUAAAUUCUGAGAUUAUGUAUGUAUUUCGUCUAGUUGGUGCCUGACCAGAGCAGAUUCCCUUGCCUGUCCUGCCAUGACUUCCUUUCAGUACCAUCUGAUAAGCAAGUGUCAUGCAUGAAGGUUGUGCAUAUAAUUUUCAAGAGAAGGUAGUACUUCGUUGGGUCGAUGGCACUGAUUUUUUCCUAGUAGUUACUUACUCUCACAAGAGAAUUAUAAACGAAACCUCGCCUCCUGUACGAGAACUGAAAUUUUCCAUUUGUAUGGAUCUAGUCCCGUUCACUCAAAUUUCAAGUUGAUUCCAAGUAUAUAAAGCACAUCCCAAUUUUAUAUGCUGCCUUGAGAAAAUAAGAAGAUGCACAGCUAUUUCUAGGAAUUUAAAAUGGGAUCAUUUAAAUAUUUGAAAACGUUGUUUUAAAAACCAUCUAGCUUACUCUUGCAUUUUAGAUGUUAAAGCCUGUGUUGUCUUGUUAGCAGGGGUGCAAUUGUAAUGAUUAGAUUCAGAUUCAGCAUGUGAUUUCAACUUUGAAUCUGAAUGUUUCUUCCCUAGCUUCUUUGUGUCAUUUCCUGAGCAGACUGUCACCAGUGUUGGUAACUAGGCUUAAAGGGAAAAGUUGCAUUGCAACUAUGUGUUAGUUUCCUGGAAGAACUUUUCUUGUGUUUUAGUGAGUGAAGAGUGUUGAUGGGAUCACUUACUGUAACUCCUUCAUGAGAACCCCUUCUGCAAGCAGAAGCAGAACACAAAUGAACGUGCUCAAGGAGUAUCCCAUUUUCUGGAUAAACUGAAUACAUUUGCUAGUUGUUCCUUUUUACUAGCAGUUUCUUUGUAUCCCUUUGCUGGCAAGGGAAUACAAGGAGUCAAGGCCACUGAUCAGAACACCCCACAUUUGAGUGGAGUCUUAUUUCUACUCCAAGAGCAGUUAUUCCCCCAAAUCCAAAAUUGGCAAUUUUUCUUUUUUUAAAUAAAAUUUUAAAAAUAUCCUCAAACCAGUGGAACAUAGACACUGGCUGCACUUAGUACUGCCAACAGCCAAGGUCAUUUGCAUAUAUUCCAUCAAUCUGUCGAGAAUUAGGCCUCACUUUAUAACCCAAGGCAUGGAAGUGCAUGCAUUCUCUUAGCUGGGCAAACAAUUAUACUGUAGUUGUGAUACAACACAUGUGGCUUUUAUUUGUACUGCACAUAUCCACUGUACAGCCACUUGGGAGUAUCGUGGUUAGCUUGCAGCAACUGCUGUCUGCAUUUAUACUGUUUAUUGCAUAUUCUUUUCCCUGGAAGUGAAAGAGAAAUGUUUUUCUUGUUGCAUUGAUUACAUUUUAUAAAUUUGCUUAGCUGGAAAGUUUGGGAAAAGAGGCCUGUUUGUCAAUUGUACAACCGAUUGUGAAGCUCUAGUGUGAAUAUUUUUACGUCUGUAUUAGACAUUUUCUUUGCAAAUCUAUUGUUCGAUUGAAAUGUAAAUGAAAUUAAAGAUGGUGUACACCCAUCAUGUAAAAAGCAGGCACCAUCUCUAAGAUGGAUUUAAUGCUCAUUUUUAAGGCAUAUACUCAGCUUCUAUUUAAAACUAUAAUUUAAAAUAAUUCUGUACAAUGAAAUGGGGAAUAUAUAUGGGAAUAAAUUCUAUUCCAUUUAUUUCAAUUUGAAUUUCCAAAUUGUAAUGUUUCCCUUUGUGCUAUAGGAAUAGGAUUAAAUGGGGGAAGGCUAGGAUUUCUAAAGGCCUGUAUAUGGGGGGAGGGCAGAGAUGGAACAAUGAGGGUUGUGAUGAUAGUGAAUAGCAAAGAGUGAAUUCUGUGUGUUUUUGCUGUAGCACUGAAGUGAAGAGAUAUUAGCUUUGGCUGUUCACAGAAUAGAGCAUCAUGAUUUUCAGUGUUUGAGAGAAAAUUGAUGGAAAAAGUUUGCAGUACUUGACAUGUAUUUGCAUGCACAAAAUAAAAUUAUUUGUCCACCUUAAAAGUUGUUUUAGUGUCAAUAUUAAGUUCAUGGUGCAUUUUAGUUAUAUUGAUAUCCUUGGUAUACAUUUUGGCUUAAUUAAGCUACCAGGAUACUCCUUGAGAUUUAAAUAAUCACCUGCCUCAGAGAGCCUGGCUGGCUUAGUUGGUAGAGUAUGCGACUCUUGAUUUUGGGGUUGUGAGUUUGAGCCCCACGUUGAGGGGUAGAUUGUACUUAAAAAUAUUUUUUUUUAAUGUUUUUAAUUUUUUUUUUUUUUUUUUUUUUUUUGAGAGAGAGAGAGUGGCGUGAGUAGGGGAGGGGCAGGGAGAGAGGAAGACACAGACUCCAAAGCAGGCUCCUGUGCUGACAGCUCAGAGCCUGACACAGGCCUCGAAACCACAAACCACGAGAUCAUGACCUGAGCCGAAGUUGGAUGCUUAACUGACUGAGCCACCCAGGUGCACUCCUAAAAAUCUUUUAAAAAUAAAUAAAUAAUUGCCUGCCUCACACAUACGUUCCUGGGAAGGAUCUGAAGAAUGAAUAGACCAGGAAGGUUGAAAUAUUUUGUAAUCCAGUCACUUCAGUCAUUAAAAUAUAGAUAAAGUACUUUCUGUAUGGGAAAUGAGGGCAUAGAUAAUACUAGCAGUUCACAGUCUAGGUGAGGAAGGAAAUAGGACAAAUACAUAAAUGUAAUAAGCCCUAGUCCGUGCUGGUCAUUAAGUUCAAUAAAACACGAACCCUUCCUCUGGAAGCUCACAGUGUAGAAAAUGGGGAAGACAGAUCUGAAUAACCAGCUCAGUGAGCUAUGUUCUAAUGUAGGGUGUAUGGAAACUCCAAAAGGUAAAUUAUGGGGCAGAUGGUAGUGGUGGUAAGCCAGAGGAGAUGGUUCUUUGAGAAAUGAUCCCAGGCUAGAUUUUGUAGGCUGAAUAACAGGUCACCAGGCAGAGACGGGAAUAAACACCCAAGCACCUACCCUACCUUCACGACAACCCACUCUGUACCUGAACAGUUCUUCUCUAUAGAUAUUAUCCCUAUUUUCUAUCUGAGAUGUUAAGUAACUUGCCCAAGGCUCACAGCUAGAAAGUAGUGGAGUCAGACUCAAGUCUGUUCUACCUCCCAAAGGCAGUGAGUGAGGGUGACGAUUGGAACCUGUUUUAGCUAUAAGUGUUACAAUGCAAGGAGUUUUUAACAAAUAGUUUACGUAACUCUUAGAGCACUUAAUAUGUUCCAGACACAGUUCUAAGUGCUACAGGUAUAUUAAAAUCUAGGACCAUUAUUGUCACCAUUUUACAGGUGAGAAGACUAAGGGAGAGCAUUUGCCUGAAUUCACAUGACUAGAUGAGGUAGGCAGGGAUCUCUAUGAAGGACACUGAAUACCAUAAUAAAAAGACUGUU